AUUUUUCAGUCUGCAAAAAUCUCCAAACCUCGAGAUGGCACUCUUCAAAGUAAGAUCGCAAGAUUGGUUUCUCUAUGUUGAGAACUGGGAUGCACAGAAGGACAACUUGCUAAUGAAUUGUUUGAUCGAAAAAAUCGAUGAAUGCUCACCGACACCCCCACAACUGUCGCCGCACGUGCUGAUUUAUGCCAUGAACGCGCUCAACUCACAACUAAACGCUAAGGUGAAACUACUCUCUGUGGAGGCGCGUUGUGAUUUUCUCCGGGAUCGCUACAUGUGCUUCAAACAUUUGUGUAAUUUACCGGAGACUGACUGGGACCGAUCGACUAACAAGAUUCACGCGAAGGACGAGGUGUGGGCGAGGCUCUUUCAGGAAAACAAAUUCAACCAAGCUUACUAUUACGAGGGAGAACCCUUGUAUUUUCAAAUGAUUAAGUUAUUCGGGCUUGCUUCCGUGAAGACCGAGCUCUCCCACACGGUGAUCCUGAUCGAGGACUCGUCGCCCAACAAGGAACAAAUUCCUUACGAGAUAUGCGAUGAUACAUCAUCGGAUGACGAGGUAAACUCUCCUCUACUAAAGCCAAAGAAAGAAGUUUCCCGUAAACUCAACUUUCCUGAUGAUGCAUGUUCGGGAAUAUCACCGGCAUUCCCAAUCACUUACAAGAGCAGUGUGUUCGUCCCAUGGUCACCGAUCGAGGAGAAGUUCGCAUGUCCAUCGAGUAAUGCUUUCCCCGGGAAGCUCAAAGAAAACAUGAGCGCUGACCCCGGAUACGGGGGGAGUUCUUGCGCUUCGUCGUCACCUUUUAAGUAGCUACUGUUUGGGUCUUAGCUAUUUUGUGUUGUUUGUGUAUUAGGAAUUUUAUGUUGUUAUGUUGUUGGGUCUUAGCUAUGUUAUGUUGUUUGGGUCUGCCUUUGAAUUGGUACUUGUGUAACUCCUUCCCAAUUUUUGCUGAUCAACGGCUGCUAGAGCCUAUGUGGGAGUACAAGUCUUUUUUUGCUAUGUUAUGUAAUGGUUGGCUUUGAAAAGCUUGGGCUGUUAGG